CCUCCGCCUGACGUGGAAGGCAUGUCGUCCCUGAAGGUGGACAAUCUCACCUACAGGACGUCGCCCGAAACCCUCCGACGAGUCUUUGAGAAGUAUGGCCGGGUAGGCGACGUUUACAUCCCCCGCGACCGGUAUACUAAGGAGAGUCGCGGCUUCGCCUUCGUGCGGUUCCACGACAAACGUGACGCAGAGGAUGCGAUGGACGCCAUGGAUGGAGCUGUACUCGACGGACGUGAGCUGCGCGUGCAGAUGGCGCGCUAUGGAAGACCCCCAGAUUCUCAUCACAGUCGACGUGGCCCGCCGCCGCGAAGAUACGGAGGCAGUGGAGGAAGUUACGGACGUAGGAGUCGCAGCCCUAGGAGACGACGACGCACCAGAUCCCGCAGCCGAAGUCGUUCCAGGUCCCGCAGCCGAAGCCGGUACAGCCGCUCCAAGUCAAGAUCCCGUACACGUUCCAGAUCCCGCUCCACCUCAAAGUCCCGGUCCGUCCGACGAUCCAAGUCGAAGUCUUCCACGGUGUCUAGAUCUCGCUCGAGAUCCCGCUCCAGGGUCUCACCCCCGCCGUGCAAAAAAGACUCAAAGUCCAGAUCGCGUUCCCCGAGCGCGCCAAAGUCACCCGAAGAGGAGGGAGCAGUUUCUUCGUAG